AUGGCUCGUGUGGCCAUUUUGUUGUGCGCUGCGGUGGUGACCAUCGCUACGGCUCGGGCGGAUGUGACACCGCGCCGGGAUGCGGAAUAUCCACCUCCGGAGCUGCUGGAAGCCUUGAGGCCGCUGCACGAUAUAUGCGUCAAAAAGACGGGCGCCACAGACGAGGCAAUCAAAAAGUUCAGCGACGAGGAGAUCCACGAGGACGAAAAGUUAAAGUGCUACAUGAACUGUCUGUUCCACGAGUCCAAGGUGGUGGACGACAACGGGGACGUACAUCUGGAGAAGCUGCACGACUCGCUGCCGGACUCGAUGCACGACAUCGCGCUGCACAUGGGCAAGCGCUGCCUGUACCCGGAGGGCGAGAACCUCUGCGACAAGGCGUUCUGGCUGCACAAGUGCUGGAAGCAGUCCGAUCCGAAGCACUACUUCUUGGUCUGAGGUCGUUCGGGUUGUCCCGGAGCAGAGGAGCGGCAGCUGAAAACCGCGGUCCCAGCCGAACGUUGUGCUUUCUUCGACUUUGGCUGAGUUUCUCCCGAAAAAGGCACACACCAGACACAGUGGGACUUUACGCCGUUGGUCAAGGUUUUCGCGCCCGUGCUCCGAAAUAGUAAUUAGCCUUUCUGCACCGCACCGUAGUCGCCAAGAGCCGCCGAGAAGGAGAACGGCACUGAGCAAAAAAAAAAUCCGCCCCAAAACUAACCCAGUUCGGCCGGGCGCGGAAUCGGAGAAAGUGCGACCGGAGUGAAAAUGGUGAAAAUUUUAAAUUCGAGCUUAAACUUUUCUUCACAUUCCUCGCGCCCGGUUCCGGCUGCAUCCGGGUUUCGCUUACGAGCAAUAAAAGGAUCAGCGAAAAACGAACUUCCAAAACUGCAAGAAUAAA